UGGGGGAUACAAUAUGGCGGCCGCGGCGACCCGGGCGAUGGCGGCCGGGCCGGUCCGAACGUAGUGGCGGGGCAGGGGGCACGGUCCGCACUCACGGUGGCGUCGGCGGCGACGGCUGAAGGCGCUGGAGGGAAAAGAAGCGACGGAGAGAGACAGGCAGGGCGGGCGGCCGAGCACCUCGGCGUGGACCGCGCGCCGGCCCGAGCGCGACCGGCGGGCCACAACAGAGGGGAUGGCGGAGCCGCGCAGGGUGGCGUUCAUUAGCCUGUCACCGGCGAGGCGGCGCGAGGCCGAGGGCGCGGGCGCGGAGCGCGGGCCCGAGCCGCCCCGCGAGCCCGCCCGGGCCGAGCCGCCGGCGCCGCGCGAGGCCGCCCCCCGGCCGGACGCGCUGUCCCCGGCGCGCGAGCUCAGCCGCACCGAGCCGCCGAUGGCGCUGCAGCGCGAGCCUCCGCGGCCCGAGCCGCCGCCGCCGCCGCCUCCGCCGCCGCCGCCGCGGGAGCCGGCCGCCCGGGCCGCGCCGCCGCCGAGGCCGCCCCGCCAGACGGUGCGCCUGGAGCUGGUGCUCAAGGACCCCACGGACGAGAGCUGCGUGGAGUUCAGCUACCCCGAGCUGCUGCUGUGCGGAGAACAACGGAGGAAACCCAUUCAUACAGAAGACCCAUUUAACAAUGAGCAUCAGGAGAGGCAAGAAGUAGAAAUGUUGGCUAAGAAGUUUGAAAUGAAAUAUGGUGGGAAACCCCGUAAACACCGGAAGGAUCGGCUACAAGAUUUAAUUGAUAUAGGCUUUGGCUAUGACGAGACAGAUCCAUUUAUUGAUAACUCAGAGGCUUAUGACGAAUUAGUUCCUGCUUCUCUAACCACAAAAUAUGGAGGUUUUUACAUCAACACUGGCACUCUCCAGUUUCGUCAAGCUUCAGAUACUGAAGAGGAAGAUAUUACUGACAACCAAAAGCACAAGCCACCCAAAGUUUCCAAAAUAAAAGAAGAUGAUAUUGAGAUGAAGAAGCGGAAGCGGAAAGAGGAAGGGGAAAAGGAGAAGAAGCCCAGGAAGAAAGUACCCAAACAACUGGGAGUUGUGGCUCUAAAUUCACACAAGUCUGAAAAAAAGAAGAAACGUUAUAAAGAUUCUCUUUCUCUAGCUGCCAUGAUCCGGAAAUUUCAGAAAGAGAAGGAUGCAUUGAAGAAGGAACCUAACCCCAAAGUCCCAGCGACCCUACAGACCUCUGGUCUGAAUAAGCCCCCCUCUGCCACUGUUGCAUUGGGAAAUGAUGUCUCGGACUUAAACCUGAGCAGUGCUGACCCAGACCUCCCCAUUUUUGUUAGCACAAAUGAACAUGAACUGUUUCAGGAAGCAGAGAAUGCCCUAGAGAUGCUAGAUGAUUUUGACUUUGACAGAUUACUGGAUGCUGCUUCUGAUGGGAGCCCCCUGUCUGAGUCAGGGGGAGAGAACGGAAACACUACCCACCCAAGCUACGCCUCUCAGGUUACGCCCAAGCUGGUACCCACACUCCCAGAGGGUCUGCCUGUGCUUCUUGAAAAACGUAUCGAAGACCUCCGCGUCGCUGCCAAACUUUUUGAUGAAGAGGGAAGGAAAAAAUUCUUUACGCAGGAUAUGAAUAAUAUUCUUCUGGACAUUGAGUUACAGCUACAGGAGCUAGGCCCUGUCAUUCGUAGUGGUGUCUAUUCCCAUCUCGAAGCUUUUGUGCCAUGCAAUAAAGAAACGCUGGUAAAACGUCUAAGGAAGUUACAUCUCAAUGUCCAGGAUGAUCGUUUACGAGAACCUCUGCAAAAACUGAAACUGGCUGUCAGCAAUGUCAUGCCUGAACAGCUGUUUAAAUACCAGGAGGACUGCCAGGCUCGUGGUCAAGCGAAGUGCGCCAAGUUGCAAACAGAAGAAGAGCGAGAAAAAAAUGGAUCUGAGGAAGAUGAUGAUGAGAAGCCAGGGAAACGUGUCAUAGGACCAAGAAAGAAAUUCCACUGGGAUGACACUAUUAGAACUUUGUUAUGUAACCUUGUUGAAAUCAAAUUGGGAUGCUAUGAGUUAGAGCCAAAUAAAAGCCAGUCUGCUGAGGAUUAUCUUAAAUCCUUUAUGGAGACAGAGGUGAAACCAUUGUGGCCUAAGGGCUGGAUGCAGGCAAGAAUGCUUUUUAAAGAAAGCCGGAGUGUACACAAUCAUCUUACUUCUGCGCCGGCAAAGAAAAAGGUGAUCCCUGCACCUAGACCCAAAGUGAAGGAGUGCAGUCCAAAAAAGGACCAGAAGACCCUCACCUCCGUGGCGGCUCCCGCUGGCGGCCCUCUGGCGAGCUCCAGCACCUCUGCCGUGGCCUCCACCAGCUCUGGCUCAGCAACAGCCCAGGAAACCAUCUGCCUUGACGACUCCCUGGAUGAAGACCUUUCCUUCCAUUCACCCUCACUGGAGCUUGUUUCUGAAGCUCUAGCUGUUAUCAACAAUGGGAACAAGGGCCCCCCAGUUGGCUCCAGGAUAAACAUGCCAAUGACAAAACCUCGUCCGGGACUGAGAGAAGAAAAGUUAGCAAGCAUCAUGAGUAAGCUGCCACUGGCUACUCCCAAAAAACUCGAUUCUACUCCGACUGCGCAUUCGUCAAGUCUGAUUGCUGGUCACACCGGACCAGUGCCAAAGAAACCCCAGGAUUUAGCUCAGACCGGCAUCUCUUCAGGCCUUAUUGCUGGGUCUUCGAUUCAGAACCCUAAAGUUUCCCUGGAACCUUUGCCAGCCAGGCUACUUCAGCAAGGGCUACAGAGGUCAGGCCAGAUCCCUGCUUCUUCCUCCUCACAGACCCACGUGUCCUCCUCAUCCCAAGCCCAAGUCGCUGCCUCUUCUCACGCUCUGGGAACGUCAGAGGCCCAAGAUGCGUCUUCAUUAACACAAGUCACAAAGGUGCACCAGCAUUCAGCUGUCCAGCAGAACUACGUGUCUCCAUUGCAAGCAACCAUUAGUAAAUCACAGACCAACCCAGUGGUGAAAUUAAGUAAUACCCCCCACCUUUCCUGCUCAUCCCCACUUAUGAAGACUUCAGAGAAGCCACUCAUGUACCGCCUCCCCUUGCCCACCCCCUCAUCUGGAAAUGGUUCUCCGGGGUCUCACCCCCUGGUCUCUAGGACAGCACCUAGCACCACUACCUCCAGUAACUAUUUAGCCAAGGCUAUGGUGUCACAGAUCUCCACGCAGGGUUUCAAAUCUCCCUUCUCAAUGGCUGCAUCCCCCAAACUCGCUGCCUCCCCGAAACCUGCCACAUCUCCGAAACCCUUGCCCUCGCCUAAGCCUUCUCCCUCCCCCAAGCCCUCGCUGUCAGCUAAGCCUUCGGUAUCAGCUAAGCUUAUUUCUAAAUCCAACCCAACUCCCAAGCCCACUGUCUCCCCAAGUUCUUCCAGUCCAAAUGCACUAGUAGCCCAGGGUAGUCACUCCAGCAGCAACAACCCCGUCCAUAAACAGCCCAGUGGAAUGAACGUCAGCAGACAGUCUCCCACCUUGAACUUACUGCCCGCUAAUCGCACUUCAGGCCUUUCAUCUGCAAAAAAUCUUCAGGCCUCUUCAAAGCUAACAAACUCGUCUUCCACUGGAACUGUCGGGAAGAGCAGCUUGAGUGGAGUCGCACUGAAUGUACCUGCCAGCAGAGGUGGCAACCUUAACUCAAGCGGAGCUAAUAGGACUAGUCUGUCUGGGGGAACAGGAAGUGGAACACAGGGUGCUACUAAACCAUUGUCUACUCCACACAGACCGUCCUCUGCCUCAGGGUCUUCAGUGGUAACGGCCAGUGUGCAGUCCACAGCAGGAGCGUCAUUGUUGGCUAAUGCCUCACCUCUGACUCUCAUGACAUCACCUUUGUCUGUAACAAAUCAAAAUGUGACUCCUUUUGGGAUGCUGGGUGGCCUUGUUCCAGUGACCAUGCCCUUCCAGUUUCCCUUGGAGCUACUUGGCUUUGGAACGGACACAGCUGGAGUGACAACCACCUCGGGAUCUACCUCAGCCGCUUUCCACCACAGCCUAACUCAGAAUUUACUAAAGGGUUUACAGCCGGGAGCUCAGCACGCAGCAUCACUUUCCCACUCCCCUCUGCCUGCACACUUACAGCAGACGUUUCACGAUGGAGGCCAAAGUAAAGGAGACACUAAACUACCACGGAAAUCUCAGUGACUUCCCAGCAAGCAAAGGAGAGGAGGCGUGUGACUGGCUGGCGGACUCUACCUGAAGGGAAAGUACUUGUGUGGUCACAGGGCUGCUGCUUCUGUCGAUGUUUACAUUCUCUCGUCCCAAGCACUGUGGUGAGGAGGAAAAGAGAAAACAUUACUUGAUCAAAGUCAGGUGCAGGAGGAAGCAAUGCUUUCGGGCAAAGUUAGUGACCUUUGGUCUCCUCUAAAGAAAGACAAAGUUAUCAUGUUAACUGACUUGAACGAGACUCAGUUGUCAAACCCACAGAAGUACAAAUUUGAUUUUUCCCGGGGGAGAAAGAGGCAGUUGAAAGGAUUUGGGGGUGGACGCCAUCCAUCCUAGGGGUCGAAUCUGGACACUCACAGACAUAAUUGUGUAAUAGAAGGCAGUAUCCUGGAAGGAGGCCAGUUUGUCAGGAGUAGUGGUCACGUCUGUUUGAGUAGACGAUGCAGCGAAUUGGCCACACAAAAAAAAGAGCGACCCCAUAUCCGAUGCAGCAGUAGCUGAGCACGUGCCGUACCCUCAAAAUCCUGAGCAAACUUGAACCUUCCCCGUGGGCAGCGGCUCCCCACGCAGAGCAGUGGGUGGGGGAUGCCGCAGGAAAGUCGUGUUAGCACAGUCAUGCAUGUUACUGAGUCACCUUGGUUUCUAAAGUCAGGCGAAACCUAGACCUCCCCUUUUUGUAAAAGGGUCAGUUGCAUCUUCCAUUCAGAAGCAGGUACUUAACUCUUUUCUUCAGGUGAUUUGUGCAUCUGGUAUCGAUGGUCAGUAUUGCCAUUCUUGAUGUUAAAAUGUGACUGUGUUCACAUUGUUCUCUUGAAAAGUGGGGCUCCUUUGCGCUAGGACUGCUGCUUCAGUGCUGUGAGCCGUCGCAGGCCAGCCAGCACGAACUGUCGGGGAGCCCCAGCGCCCCUGUUUCCCUCAGUUCACAGCUUCGUGUUCUCUUCUCUCAGCUAGUGGCACUGCAGGGGGUGGUUAGCUACCAGCACACUGCAUAGGCCUCUCAGUCAUCAUUCAGGACGGCAUUCAUCUGUGUUGAAUUUUGAAGAUGGUAUUUUAAAGGAGGAAUUACAUUAGGAUGAAGGGAUUGUUUUUUAUAACCGUCACAGCAUACUUGUGCUCCCUGUAUCCAGUGUAGCAAAACUGAUCGGGAGCAGUUAGGAUCUUAAAGCUUUAUAACGCUGGUAUGAAAGUAAACCUCAGACAGACCCCUUCGUUACGGAAACAGCACAGUCCUCAAAGGGUGUCAGGGGAGAAGGGCAUCUGUUCGGAUGCGUUUGAUGUGAUUUUUUCACCUCAUCAUGGUCCUGCCUUUUUUUUUUUUUUUUUUCUGUUUAGGCUUCCAAAUGUUUUCAGACUAUACCCAUAAAAGUAGUUCAAGCUCUUUCUGUGGUCCAUGUAUAAUGACAGACUAACCAAAAAAAAAAAAAACAGAAUUACAAAACCUGUUCA